AUGGUUGAACCGAUGUAUGCUCAGUAUCUGGCUGUUCUUAGGAUGUCUAUAUUCAGUGGUGACUUUGCUGGUGCAGUAAAUGAUUCAACCGAGCUUAAUCUUGCAUCGGAUCUCUUAGACGUAUAUAACCCUCUUGCCAGACCCGUGGUAGACUUCAAGAAUGCUAUGCCGAUUUUUUCAUCUUUUCUUCUACGAUCUAUUGAGUCAGUGGAUGACAGGAAACAGCAUUUUACAUUUACGGGGACAUACACAUUUUACUGGAUAGAUGGAUAUCUUGCAUGGAAUCCAUGGGUUUACAAAGGCAUUGAUAUAAUUUCCCUUCCAGGAGACCGUAUUUGGAGGCCAGACGUAGGCGUCUCUAACAGUGUCAACAGCGGGGACUUUGACAUUUCGGAGAAUUCAAAGACACGCCUGCAAUUGAAGUCAUCAGGGUGGGUCGAAUGGUCGACUACCCGCGUUUAUUCGGUGAAAUGCAACCUCGAUAUGAGUAUGUUUCCUUUUGAUACUCAAAACUGCAAAAUACACUUGGAGUCAUUGUCGCAGAUCAUAGAAAAAUUGACGCUGGAACUCAUGCCCAUGGAGAGGCGAGUCGAUAUGCUGUCACUGUACAUGGAGAAUACCGAGUGGGAACUGCUGGCAAUCGACCAAGAAAUAGGCAAGAUGUAUACUACAAUUAACAGUGGAAAGAAAAUAAUCAAGACCUUCUCCGACUACAUGAUAACAAUCUCCAUAAAGCGGCGUACUACAUUUUACUGGGUGAAUAUGAUACUACCAUGCGUCUUCAUCUCCAUCCUCGUGCUCAUGACCUUCCUCAUGCCCGCUGAAGCCGGGGAGAAGAUUUCGUUCAGCGUCACUGUUCUGUUGGCAUUUACUGUCUACCAGCUCAUGAUUGCGCAAGACCUACCAAAGUCGUCGCUGUCCACCCCAUUGCUGACCAUCUACCUCACAAUGUUGAUUGCACUCUCAGCAUUUGCAGUAUUUUUGUCGAUAUUAGUGCUGAACAUCCACCAUCAGGAUCCUGACAAACCGCUGCCCAAGUGGUUACGAAAAGUUGUAUUUGGGUGCCUUGCCAAGGUUACGUGCAGGGGAAGACAGGUCAGAGACCUCGGAUUGGACACAAAGAAAAUUAUGGUCCACCCGAUGGACUACCCUUUGAAUGAUCUUGCUUUGGCGACUGUCACUGGCGGUAAGGUCGGUAACAAGGACGAAAUCGCAAGAAUAGGAGGCAGUAAACUAGAUCUCCAUCAGCCCCCUCAUUACGUUGUGCCGGCGUGUGAGUUUGUGAAGGGGCCAAACGGGGCUACGCAAGCCGAAAGUGGAGUCGAGGGGAAAUACGGCCAGGCUUGGAAACUGUCUGCGGAGAUCCUCGACCGUAUUUUCCUGAUUCUAUACCUAAUUGUCACCGUCUCGGCAUUCCUGUAUUUCCUGAUCCUCUGCCCUAUGAUGUACGAAAGCACUCAUCGUCUAGUUCAUGGGAACAACACAGAGAAACAUGUGUUGCCUGAACCGUAA